AUGGUUAAGUUGUAUUAUUUUGAAAAUCAGCGCUAUAGCAAGCUCAAGGCACAAUGUGAAAGAAAUGAAAGUUUAUUCGUGGACCCCGUAUUCCCGCCAGAAACCAAGUCAUUGUAUUUCAGUCGAGCAACACCUCCAGAGCCAGUCGAAUGGAAGAGACCAAAGGUAAAAUCAGCCUUAAAAUUGAGCUUAAUUUUGUUAACCUUAUUUAUAAGGCGACCUGUUUUCAUUGAAUCGGUAAUGAGUGCAAUGUCUACCAUUCAAUAUUGCAACUUUAAGUUGCAGAAACUGAAAUAAGGUUCCUAAACUCAGUGUGGGCAAAAAUAUUUACAACAGACUAUUUAGCUUACAUGAUUGUCAUAAGCUUCAGGGUUAUUCAUUUCAAAAUUUCAACCACAGAGAACUUUUAAACCAUUGGAAUAUUUGUCCGGAUAGUCGGUUGCUAGCUUGCGAGGUACAACACUGUUCACUUCUUAGCAAAUCAAUCGCACUUUGCUGUUAAGUGCUACGUUGUAGGAUAUAAACUCAGAGAUGUAAAGCGGCGCCAACUAAGACGUUGAUAUAUUAGACAAGUUGAGGAAUAUUGCCCGUCAAGAUGUUUUAAGGACAUCUCUCACCUUGAUAGUGUUGUCAGCUAAAAGCGUAGGUAAAUUUGUAAUAUGUUCAUAAUUUACAUAAUUAUAAUAAAGAUUAGCAUUUUUAUGUAUAGGUAUAUGAAUCAAAAUAAUUUUUAAGCUUAUCCGCUUUUAAACGCCAUUAUCUUCUGUUACUGAAAGUUUUUCAUCCUGCAAAGAGUUUUAAUGAAUAGAAAUAUUUUUUCUGCUCAUUCCUAGAGUUGCCUCAUCAGAAAUAAGACUGAAAAUAGAUGACGUAAUUCAAACUUAUUAUUUUCUGAUAAAAAUAUUUUUCAUGCUUGGCACGUUCAUUUCUUUCUAUUUUUAUUACUUAUAGUCAUUUUUAUGCAUUUACAUAUUUCUGAAAAAAAGUGUAAUUUUCAUUUUAUUAAGCUAUGUUCACACUUUACUGGGUACCUUUUGCGCCAGCACGAAAAUCAUACCGGAUAGGGCUUCUUUUCAGACGUAAAAAAGGUGAUUUUGGUACAAUUUCUGUUACAGAGGCCCUGCCAGGGUAAAUUCCGACAAGCAACAUGGCCCAAAAAGUAGUGACAGUGCGUGAAAUGAAAUCGUGACAAGAGACAACCUCCCUCGGACAAAUUUCAACAGUGACGUCAAAGCCAACAAUAAGUGACAAGCAUUUAUAAACACUGACACAAGACGUUUUAAAAUUCAGGCGGGCGACAUGGGACCCCCCCCCCUCCCCGGCAGGGCCUCAUUACAGAGCAAAGCUCUGCCACGCCGAUCUUGAAAGUGGAGUGUCACAUAUCAGAGAUAGUUUUGAUGUAGUGUGAUCAGGUCUUCGGACCAUAGCAGAAGUUAAUAAGUAGGAAAGAGGACUGGAACCCACUGACACAGAAGUAAAUGUUAAUUUUAGGAGUGAGGAUUGAAAUUUAGUGAACCAAACUCUCUUGGCCAGCUAGUCCUGGGUAAUGUUCCAUGUGUGUGAAUGCAUGACUCAUUCGAGACCUAUGCAGGUCGCAAAGAAAGUCUGUUUUACAGCCUGCCAGUCAUACAAACGGUAGCUAGCAAGUACUAGCCCACAAGUCAUUUCAACUAGCCCCCAAACCCUUUUUGAUAAGCAGGAUUGACUACAAUCCUUCUGUAAUUUGAAUUUCCCCAAAAAACAGCACUUGCCCAACAGUUAGGAACAAAAAUCACUACCCCAAAGCAACAUCCACUAGCCCCGUGCUAUCGGACAUCACUUUUUGUGCACACUGUCUGUUCCGUUGAUGUUCAUGCUAUACUUGAAAGCUUUUCUUGCCAAGUUGGUAUAAAAGCGAUUGAGUAUAGUGUGAAAUUAUACACAUUUACAUGUACUUUCAAAUUGUUACAUUUACAUCCUAACAUUAACCUUUUCUUUUUUACCAAGGAUAUUUGUGCCCCAGAUCCUCCACACCUGUUUGUUGAUGGUAUGAGCAGUCAUGAUGUCACACAAGGCAAACUUGGUAACUGCUGGUUUGUGGCUGCCUGUUCUUCAUUGGCUCUUGAACCUUCUCUCUUGGAGAAGGUUUGUUUUUGUUUUUUGAAACACUAGUUAUAGUCAGACCUGUGUACAAUGGUCACCCUUGGGAAAUGGAAGGUGACCGUCAUGUACAGGGUGACUGCUAUUUACAGGUAACUUUGCAGAAAAUAAUGGCAACCGAAAAUAUUGGGAAGUUGUCUGGUGACCGUAAUAUACAGGGUCACCGCUGCAGUAUAUAAAGGGCCAUAGUAUACAAGUUUGACUGUAUGUACCCUCAUAUACGACAGACCCACAAAUAAGAAAGUGCUUACAUUUUCUACAAAUCUACUGUAGGCUUAAUUAUUAUUAUCAUCUGCUACUGAGGAAGGUGUGCCUACUUCUUGAAGAAAUUAAUUAAGCUACAUAAUCUAAUAAGUUCAAAUAAUUAUCUAUUCAAAUGUUUUUAAAGCAUAGCCGGAAAGAAAAAUCCUUAUGAUGCUGACUGUCAGUCAAAACUGUCAGCAUCAUUAGUAUUUUUCUUUUGGGCCAAUCCUUUAAGAACGUUUGAAUAGAGUGUGCUUACCUCCAUCCCCAAACUAAAGGGGAUCAGAGACCAGACUUUGAAGCCUACUUUGAAGCCUAGCUAUCCACUUAUCUCCCAGCCCCAGUAGUUCAAAAGCUGGAUGGUGCUAUCCUGAUUUAUCCAGUGGAUAAGACUAAGUAUUAGGGAAACCAAUUGCGUAUUCUAGUGGAUAGAGAUUUGAACAACAACUUGGACCUGCUCUUUAACCCAUCCCCUUUUUGUUGUACAAACAGGACCUUAGUGUCUUAACAUGUAAAUGUGAGGUGCUUUAUGCUCAGUAUACAAUUAAGACUGUCUAAAUUAAGGAGGCUCAAGUCAGAUAAAAUCUGACCUUUUUAAUAUUCACCCUACACAUUUUGUACAUGUAUGUCCACUUAUUUUAUGGUCCCUGGAAGCCCGUCUUUUAAAAACCCUUGUGGCUCUGAGUACCUCACAGUAAAAUGCUAGAAAUUGGAUGGUGUUAUUGUGAGGGGGGGGGGGGAUUUUUUUUUUCGGGGGGGAUGCCUUAAUUUUGACUCAGGCUGCAUGUAGUUAAUGGGACUUUUGGAGGAAAUUAAACCAAAUUUUAUUUUGAACACCAAACAAGAGUAAAAUCUGUAACUCGUAUGAAAAUAAAAAAACGAUCUGAAACGAAAAAUAAUUUAUUUCUCUUCUCGUCCGUUCUGCUUCUGUUGCGCUUUGUCUAGUGCCUGCGGCACGCCGCGUCGGCAGGUGGUGGCUGCUGGUUGGAGGGCGACGUGUGGGUGGGGGGAGGGGUGGGGGGUGGGGGGGGUGGGUGUUGGGGGGGGCGGGGGUUUUUUUUUUUCGGGGGGGAUGCCUUAAUUUUGACUCAGGCUGCAUGUAGUUAAUGUGACUUUUGGAGGAAAUUAAACCAAAUUUUAUUCUGAACACCAAACAAGAGUAGAAUCUGUAACUCGUAUGAAAAUUAAAAAACGCUCUGCAACGAACAAUAAUUUACAUUAAUUUUACAUGUAAUUUACAGUCUAUUCAUUCCAAAGUAUGGUAAUCACUAUUUAGAAGCUGUUCAGUUUAUCAGAGCUUAAAAUAAAUAAUGUUCACUAAUUUUUGUUUUAUACAAGACAAGUUGAAGCUCACUUGAAUUCUUUUGUCAAAGCCAGUCAUUGACAGCUGUCAGUACAUUGUACAUGUAGCUUACGUUGCCCAAUUUCAUCUUGCUUUAAAGCUCAUGAUAAACAUGAGUUGUUGGUGCAAGUGGGGAAUUCUCCCAAAAAAAAACUCAAAAUCAGGGGAACAAAAAUGACGAGUGACAUUCAUGUGAUGGAGUGAUUUAAUUUUCAUAUGACGUUUUGCUGUAAGAAAAGUUGAAGGGAGCCCAGGGUUCUGAACCCAUAAAAUCUGGGAUGCCCUGCAUAUGAUUGUCUGGUCACCUGCAAGCAAAAGCUACAUGUAGGCACCAGUGGCCACUGGGUGCUGCUAGAGCACAGCUUUGUCAUGAGUUGUGAGCGCUUUCUAUUCAAGAAAAAUUCAGGAUUGAAAUUUUGGAAAUUUCACUCUCUGAAUGGAAUGAUACAAUCAGCUGAACUGAUCUGACCCAAGCCACUGAAUGUUUGGCAUAGGAUGCAGAAGAGCAGUACUGGAGACAACAAUUUUGUCGAAUGGAAAGGGGCAAUGAAAUGACCAGACUGGUCAAAGUGGACCAUCUUCAAAGGUGGUUGCAAUUAUUCUGGUCGGACCGAACAUAAAAUAAUGGUCUGUUCCAUUUGAUCUCCACGAGAAAUUUCCAUAAUUUUGAGUUGAAUGGCGGCCGAAAACACCAAGUGCAAUGUUUGUCCCACCCCAUGACAAUUAAAGUUUAAAUUCCUUCAUUCUGUAGGUAAUUCCAGAGAUGAAACACCAAGAAUGGGACCCUGAGAAUGUUGGGAAUUAUCAAGGCUUAUUUAGGUUUAGGUUUUACCGUCAGGGCCAGUGGACCGAAGUUGUCAUUGAUGACCUGUUACCUACGGUUGGUGGCAAGUUGGUUUACAUCCAUUCCACUGAAAAGAAUGAAUUUUGGAGUGCUUUGGUCGAGAAAGCUUAUGCAAAGUAAGAGUUAUGUCAAGGCUGUACAUCUCCGAGGAACAGACAAGGAUUACUGUCUUGUGAAAACGACAUUAAAUACACUAUUAUUACUAACAUUCUGCUGGACAUGUAACCUCACCAAAUGAUCAUGUGUGGCAUUUUCACUGUACUUUAUACUCAGGGCAUGGAAAAAGGGAGGCCAUAGACAUGCUUCCACCUUGCCACUUGUACAGUGUAAUUUCAACAUUUUCAACUUACGGCCAUAUUUUGAUUUAUAGAGAAGACAGAAAAGAAUAGUUAUUGUAUUUUUUUAAGCCAGACAAGGGACAAAUUAUACGUAUUAUAAUUUGUCCCUUGUCUCGCUUACCUUUCUGUUUACUCUUCAAACCAAUUCAUCAUAAAAAUGGAACCCACUGUUAACCACUUGACCACACCUUUCCGUUACUUAAAACAACCUAAAAAGUUGACCCUGGGUUCUGUCUCCAAACCAAAAUAGCAAAUGAAUUCCUGACAACUAGGCUUGAAAAAAAUUCCAUUUGGGAGCCCAGGACGAGUGGAUUUUCUUGCUGGGCAAGUACAAAUGUACGAUGUACAUUGUAACUUUUGAAGCUCACUUGAUCAAUGAGCAAAGCAGUGUGUUCCCUUUACCGUCUGAAGCAACACUUCUUACCGCCUGCAACCGCUUGAAGGUUUACUAAAAUUGAAGGAGUUGUCUUUAAAAAAAUUAAUAUCACUGAAAAGUACGCAAGUUGUGAUCCAAUCUGAUUAAGGUAAUGAAAGAAUAUCUGGAAGUUUACUAAAGUAUACACAGCUUUUUUUAUGGGCCACACAUUUUGGAAAGCGAACAUUCAAGACAUUUUUGGGAUCAAAUGUUUUGAAUUGUUGUCUAAAGAUAACAACGGCUGAUUUGCGUAAAGUAGGUAUCAAAAUGAGGGAAUGACAUUUCAGAGAACGUAGCUCCUAAAUUUCGCAGCGAGGUCAAAGCCAUGCCCCUCACUCCCUAACCCCCUCCCCCCCCCUCCCCCCAGGAAAGUGGGCCUCUGGCACAUUGCGUUUGCCUUACGGGCCAUGAAUGGUCCCUUACCUGCUGAGCUAAAAAUUAGGGAGAACACUGCAAGGCUCCAAGAAAGUUACCCUCUAACUAAAACAAGGAAGCACAGGCUGUAGUUGUCCCGUUGAAGCAAGAUGUGAGAGAUACUUGCCAAAGGACAUGCUGGAAUUCAAGUUUUUCUCUAGCCCUGUGCUAACCACUUGACCACACCCUUAAUUUACUCCAAAACAGGUUGGCAGGGUCAUAUGAAGCUCUAGAAGCAGGUAAUACUGGUGAUGCAUUGGUAGACUUCACUGGAGGAGUGUGUGAGUCUGUCAACCUUAAAGAUGGUGGCUAUGCUGACGAUACGGAAAAAAGACAAGCCUUGUUUAAGAAUAUGGAGCGAUCAAUGAAGGAAAAGUCUCUCAUUAGUGCUUCCAUAAGGGUGAGUACAGCAGAAUGCAUUCCAUGGGUUUUAGUGUAGUGUGAUUGUGAUGUACAGAAAAAUGCAUGCUGAAAUAAAGAAAUUAAUUUUCUGAGACACAUCCUGUAGCGUUAAAAACUGUAACAUUCCAGUUACUUGUAUUACUCUGUAUUUGCCAGCUGAUCCUCUAUUUAACGAGCAAGGAUUAGUACUCUUGUAGUCAAUUAGUAUGAUGACUUCUGUGCUGGAGGCUUUGAGUUCAAUUCCUCGCUGUGACCUCAAAUACUUGCUUUGACCCCGUUCCCUUCCUGGUACUUGUAGCACGCUGUAGUACACUGUGCAUCAAUGUAGCUUAAAAUACAUGUGAAAUGGAACCCUGAUGGAGAGAGGGGGGUUAAAUUCGUGCACCAUUGGAACGAUUCGUGCUCACUCUGGUACGGUUUGAAAGAUCUCUUCACCCUGCACAAGUUAGCAGACAAAGCUGCCCUUGACCGUUAAAACUGACGAUACCACAAGCGAGGAUUUGCGAGGGCGGUUAAGAGCGGUCCAGGGACGAAUGGGUUAAUUGUCAUUUGUUUACUUUUUGAAGAUCAAAAACAGAAACGAGAUGGAAAAGCGUACAGAAACUGGCUUAGUGAUGGGUCAUGCAUACGGGGUAACGGCAGUAAAGAAGGUAAGCCGUAUCACUACAAAUGCAAUUGUGACACUAGUGUGACACUAGUGUGACACUAGUGUGACACUAGUGGCAGAUCCUGGAAGACGGGUUUAGGUUAGAUACAAAGAAGGGGUGUUUAGAACGCUUUUUUUCAUGUUUUUCUGUCAUUAUGUUACUUGGAUUGCUUUCAUGAUUAUUUUACUACAAAGUGCGUUAAUCGAAAUUUAAAGACUAAAGCUUCAUUCUCAGUUAUUCGUGCUCAAUUAUGUUAUCCGUGUCUCUUUUUUUCAAUUUUAAAACCUGGUUUAUUUUAACUUGUUUAGUUGGUGUGAACGGGGCCCAAGUAUGUGCAUAUAUGGUCAUUAGAUUAUUCAUAACAACCUGAGGCUCUAAGCGUUGUGUUUCAAUUCUAAGCCAGACUAUAAAAUCAAAUUCCUGGCCUUUCGAUUGACUAAACUAACUUACCUGGACCUUGCCAUUCGUGAAUAGCAUUUUAAGACAUCUGAUCCUGUGCUAAUUGUGUUUCUCAGAUGACUAUUGGUGAAGGUCUGUUCAGUUUGUUCAAUCGUCAGCAUCUAUACAUGAUUCGUCUAAGGAACCCGUGGGGACAGAAGGAGUGGAAUGGGCCGUGGAGUGAUGAGUAAGUAAAAAAAAAAACCGGAAAGCUACAUGUAGCAGACCCUAUAAUUUUCACGGUGUGUUUCAACAACGUGCGCGCGUGAAGAAAAAAGCCAUAGCGCAUCCCUGGAGCUGCCGCAUGGGAAAGGCGCGAAAGGGCUGUAACACUGGUUUUCAUUAGCAGUAUAUAUAACCGGUAUCGGCGUUGUACUGAAUCAGAAGCGCACACUGUAGACUGUUAUGAUCAAGUGUGAAAAGCGUUCUGAUUUGACUUUCGACUCUGUCGCUUGCUAUCUAGUGAAAUUCAUUUUGUCGGAGUGGAAAGCAGAAAAGGAAGAAAUUAACUAGUCAAACUCGUGUUUGGUAAAAAAGAAGCGCACGCAGCAAUUUUACCUAUAACCUUGUUUGGCAUCCAGGGCCGUGUUGUUCAAAGCUGGGUUGAGAUAGCCCAGGGUUAGUGCGAGAUUUGAUUUCAGUUUUAAUUCUUUUUGUCUACAAGUUGAUGAUGGGAAGCUCUAACAAUAACCGAAAAUUAUCCGAGAAAAUUCUUUUGAACAAAAGAAAAAGAAACCCGGGUUAAGCGUUAAUCGGCCUUCGAACAACUGGGCCUAGGUGGCUAAACGAAUUGUGAAAGUUAUGUUAUGUUUCGACAUGAAUGACUGGCAUUAGAAAAGGAUUCAGAAAGGCUUUAAGGUCGCUGAAUUCGAUGAAACGUACACAACGUUAGUCAACUGGUAUAAAACACGAACAGCAAGCAUUGAUAGUCGAAGCACAUGAGUUCAAUUCAAUGAGUCCUAUGAAAGAACAGGCACGUAAGGCGUACACAAUAGGUUAUUAUACAAUGUUAAAGUUGGGGCUUGAUACUGUACCCGUAUUCUUCUAAUUUUAAUUUUGAAAUUUUGUUCCUGAUCUGCGGGGCUUGCGAUACACUGUGACGGGUCCUAACGGAUCUCUCGAAACUUUUCGAUUCAUUUUUUUAAAAUUUGUUUUUCUUCAAGUGUGAUAAUUGACAGAAAUUGUCUUCUUGUUAUAUUUUCUCACAGCUCGGAAGAGUGGAAAAAACUGAAACAAAGUGACAGAGAAAAGCUUGGAAUUGUGUUCGAAAAUGAUGGUGAAUUUUGGUCAGUACAUCUAUUCUUGCGUGAUAUCAUUAUAUUAUUGUCAUGAUAUAACCUUUUAGGUCCCAAGAGUGACCAACAUCAAUUUUCUCCUAACAACAUCAGCAAUUGAUAACCAAAGGGAGAAUGUUUUGAUGUUAAACCAAAUUCUCCAACUUUUUAGUUUUACUCUGAACAGUCCUUUUAUGCAACGUAGUCUCUUUGAUAGCACUUAUUUUUGCUUUUUGGCACAGUAAUUGUUACUAUUUAUUAUAUAGACACGAGAGUUUUACUGGAAAAUAUACCACUCGUAAAAUUCAUAAAAACUACAUCCGGGACCAGAGUGGUUUGUUUUCCAUAAUCUCAUACGUGAGUUUAUCGAUGACGUAAUUUUGGUAAUUUCCCUCUAUUAUUUAAUCGAUGUCAUUUUGUCUACAUAAUAAAAAGAACAUUACACUCACUCGUGGCAAAAACAAUAUUUUACGAACGAGCGCAGCGAGUGAGUAAAAUAUUGUUUUGCCACUCGAAAAUAAAAUUUAUAUCUUCGCGCCACCGUGUAAUAUCCUCUAUAUAUAAAUUUCGAUUCUCGGUUUGGCCUCUUUUUUGUUCUGUUAUUAUGUAUGUUAUCUUUUGUCGUUAGGAUGGCAUUUGAAGAUUUCUGCACGUACUUCACGAACGCGACCUUGUGUCAUGUGUUAAACAAGUCAAUCUUAUCAUUAAGAAAAAGAUGGCACGUGUUUAAACAUAGCUAUCGGUGGACUCCGGGUACAACUGCUGGUGGUUGUGUUGAAAACAGGAGCACAUUCUUGAAAAAUCCACAGGUAGGUUAAUACUUUUGGGCUUUAAUUUCAUCCUCGAGGACGUCGGCGAUGGAUUUCGCUCAUUACCACUUUUCUUUGCCGUCACUGUACGACUACCACGUGGAAAUGCCUAAUUUCACGUUUUGUGGUAGGACGUGAACACAAGGCAACGACUUUCUUCUUCUUUUUCUGAACUUCGAUACAGCCUUUAGAACUCAACUCCAGAAAAAAAAUGCCAAGAUUUGACGAAUUGAAAGAGAUAGAGUGGUUUUCGUUUGAGUGUCGUAAAACCAAAACCAAAGUAAUUACUCUGGCCAAUCACAUAGGACACAGACAAUACAUUGAACCAAUCAAAACUCGAAGUAAUUACAUGUGGCUGACGCAAAACGUCACAAUUGGCUUUGGUUUUACUUCUGAUUGGAUGAAAAGGUGGCGCGAAUCUUUUAAGCCAAUCGCAUCGUGUAGAAAGUGCAAAACCAAUUACUUUUCGACACUCAAAUGAAAACCGCUCUAAAAUAGCGCGAUAAAGUUUGAAGCAGCGCUACUUCACUUUCGUAGCCGUAGCCGUCGUUGUCGCUUAAGCUCCCUAAUAUACCUAUGUAGUAAAGCAGGAACAGCCUCAAUGAUCAUCUUGCAUGUUAUGGUGUGUGAUUUGUUGCUUAUUCGUGGUUCAUUUUCAGUAUGCCUUUACAAUCAAAGAAGAAAGUGAUGUAAUGAUUGCUCUGAUGCAAGAAGACACGAGAAAAGAAAAGGAAAGAGGAGUAGAGAAUCUGACCAUCGGCUACUUUGUUAUGAAGGUAACUAUAGAAUGAAGAUGAUGUGAACUGUGGAAAUACAAAUUCAAAUGAAGAUAUGAUCGUCGCAGUGGCAUUUGCAAAUUAAACCGGAUAAAGAAAAUUUCGAGACUUCAACGAGCACGGGCUCGAAUCCCGUUGAAUCAUGGGCUAGAAUCCCGUCGCUUAAAUUGCAAUUACCACUGCGACGAUCAUAUCUCAACCGAAAAGCUAAAUGGCGAAGUGAAAAUCAAAAAGUUAAAAACAAAAAUGGAAAACUGAGUGAAAAAUAAAAACGAAAUCACUGUGUGGCCCCCCCUUCCGCAAUUCACAUCAUCUUCAUUAUGUUUCAUUCCUUUCACGCGUUGAGAUAAACUCAAAAAAUUGGCCUGUCCCAACGUAUGGAUCUUCAUACCUCAGUUUGCAGAGCACUGCAGCGCUAACGCAGAGGCCAUGUGUUCGAAUCCUGUUGAAGUCCCAAUUUCUUUUCGUUAAUUGCAAUUUCUUAAAUUGCAAUUACCACAGCGACAAUCUUAUCCUUAUUAGAAGGUAAAUAUAGUCAUAAGAACCGUAAGGCAAUAUGAAAGAGAGCCGCGAUAUAGGUUAGCAAACCUCUUUAUAACGAACAUAUUUUGCCACUCCCUUGGCCCUUCGUAAUAUCGAGGUUCCACUGUACUUACAUUUAUUUGUUUAUUUUUCAAAAAGUGGCGAGGCCCUGGGCCCCCCAGCUCUUCCACCUUCGCGGGCCCUGUUAUUGUUCACCCUGCCAGCUGAGCAUUUUCUUCGCUUGCUCGGUUUUGGCACACUCGAGAAAACUCUGCGAGAUCGAGUAAGAUCUUUGUUAAGCAUGCGCAGCGUGUUGCUAGGAUACAGGCCUAAUAGCAGUGCGCUUGGUACAGCGGGCUCACUUGUGACCAUCGGUUUUGUCAUAGCUUGGAACUUCCCAGCGCUUGCUGCGCUGGCUAGUUUUGUCAAUAAACGGUUGCUCGCAUUCAAAAAAAAAAAAAGUUUGACGAGACAAAACGGGGUCGACUAGUCCAGAAGUUCGAGCUGCGGCGAAUUCAAGAGCUUGACGCGAUUUAAACAGAGUCUCCUUUUUUCUACCUCAAUGAAAAACGUGACAGAAGGAGGCUUUUUUUGGGGGGCAGAGUGCUUUUCGUUUUGCUGUCUGCCGUUGAUUCCUUUUUAAACAUUAUUUUAAAUAUUUUAUUCACCAGUUACGUUUGUAUUUUUUACCCGUAGGUGGAAGGAAACCGCAAGUACCGUUUGCAUACAAUGUUUGAAAAAGCUGGUGAUUCUAUUUUCAUCAACGCCCGAGAAGUGGUGAACAAGUUUCAGUUGAAGCAAGGCCGGUAUGUGGUGGUGCCAUCCACAUACGAGCCAAACAAGACAGGAAGUUUUCUCUUGAGAGUGUUCACCGAAAAGUCUUCGAAAGCAAUGUAAGAAUUCACAUUAUUGCCACCGUGGCUGCUUGCGAGCAAGCUCUCCAUUUGGAGAUAUCGUGUAAGUCACGCGUGGGCGGACGUAAAAGAAAAUGCGAGAGGCUUCACCGCUCGUUCGUGCGUUCUCGCGCGUUUUGCCUCUUGAAAUGGAGAAAUUCUCCGCAGCUUACCAUCAGGCUGUACUCCUUUUAUUAGGGAGCUUAAGCAAGGCGUUUUUGAGCGACGCACCUCAACCGGAAGUGUGGUCUUUUUCUUUUUAAAAUAGAUUUACGCUACCAAAUUUGUAUUUCUUAGUCUCUGUCUCAUUAUGGAGACGAUUUGUCCACAAAUUUGGCCAAAAAUGCCGCUCAAGAAUGAAAAAAAACCACUUCCGGUUAACCUACAUUGCUCAAAAACGCCUUUGCUUAAGUUCACUAUUGUCAGUCCCGUCUUUCGAUAAAAGUGGCUAUGUAUUGAUAGAGUGUAGACUAGCUCUUCGUUUCUCACAUGCAAUUACAGUUAUCCGAGGAAAUUAAUGGUUUAGCUUUACCUCGAGUAAGCUGCUGUCCGACGAAAUAGCGGGGUAAAAUUAAGAGCCUCUCUCUCCUACAUCACCUGUUUUGACUGUUGUUGAAGAAUGCUGAAGAAUUUUAAACCUUUCAAAGUGCAAAUUUGAAACAAAAAAAUGCCGAGAAAGAAGUUAACUUAUCUAACCCUUCACAAUCUUGAUUUUUGCGUAAAACUUUAUGACGUUGGUGAAUUUAUACAUAGGCUUUUGAGCUCUCUUAAAUUUUUCAUCAGCCAAAAUCACGUUUCGCUCCCAGGUUGUCUCUUCCUCCUCUUGGAGCACUUGGGACAGGAAGUGGAAGUUACUUCGGAGCGAGGCCGCUCGCACCCUUUGGUUGCCUAUCAAGAAUAGGCGUUUCCGAGAUUCAAAAACUCUCACUUUCAAAACGAGGCUAAGUACAAAACCUUUCUCGUGAAAAUGAAUUUUAUUUGCAUGAGAAUAAAGAAUCGUUAUCAUAUCAAUAGCUUCGCACUUAGCCUCGCUUUGAAACAGAAGCUUGAGGCAUCUUGAAAAUGGCCUAUUCAUUUUCUUAUGUGCUUGUCUCGACUGCUUCGUAAGCCCAUAAUUAAAAACCCUGCCUUUUUUCCUGUUUAUGUAGGUUUUUGGACCAGGAGCAUUCGACAGGAAGUAAAAUCUGGUGUUGCUUCCCUCAAUGCCGCACACCUGUAUGUGUCAUGUCCGUUACGGUAAAAUCAGCGAGUGGACUGGAGAAGACAAGCCGACUGUCGAUGAGUAAGAGAAAUUUUAACUUUCUUGCCUAUCAUUUUGAAGAAGGGUGGUUUUGAGGAGGAUUACAAGGCCUGAUCUGCUUGUCAAUCAGCUUCUAAGGGAGGACUGUUGCCAAUCCACUAACCAGCAAUCCUAGAGCUGUAAACCUUGCGAAUGAAGUAAACCGAAACUUAACUACAAUAAAGAUAGCCGACGGUCGCCUUCCUUAUGACUCAAAAACGGCAUUGUUUACUAACAGUCGAACCUUCACGUUUGACCACCUCUCGCGAGCUACUAUUCCCUCUAAGCGACUACUUAUCCAAAACAGCAAACGUUUUUAGUCAAAGCCUUAAAGUUGGAGCCUCUCGUAAACUACCACCCCCUUUAAUAAGCGACCGCGACCACUUUUGGGGGCUUUUUCUUCCCAUGUUUUUUGAACCUCUUAUAAGCAACCGUUUGAUGCAUGGUCUUAUAUCUAUGUUCGUUGUGUAUACGUUACCGCUCACAGUAUACAAAGAAGUUUUAGCGACAACAUGAAGCUACAAAUAUUGUAACUUAAAAAAUGCAGACAAUAAAUUAUCUUCCAUUAAGUAGAUGAUUCGGACCUCUUCUCGGCAGAGGCCCCUUGUGGUUAGAUUCUGGCCGGAACCCGCUCUCAUAAGCGGCCACUAACUUUUCGCAUUUCGGGUGGUCGCUUACAGGAGUUUCGACAGUAUUUCAAUUCAAGUUUUCCGAUUGCUGAUUAAGGCAAUACUGCUGCUGUGUUAUUGUCAUUUCAGCACCUGAUCCCUAUGCCGUGAUCUGCUGUGAGGGGCGCAAAGUUAAGAGUCCGGUGGUCAAAAAUUCGCUGAAUCCAACGUGGAAUACCGGCGCCUUAUUUUUCGUGAGGAGGCCCCAAAAAUCUCGCCUGGUCAUUCAAGUAAGUAUAUCGGUAAUGAUUUGAAUUUCAAAUUUAAGUCAGUACCCUUGGCAGCGUGGUCUUGGAGGCUGUCUCUUGAUGUUCUAAGCUUACUGUUCUUUAUUGUUGUAUUUUUAUAGGGAUUUGUUUGUUGUUCUAAUUGUUGUUGAUUUGGUUUGUUUGUUUGGAUAUUUUCACCAGAAAGGGCAUGCCUCGUAAAUAACAAGUCAAAAGAAAGAAAAGCGGAGUCAUGCUGUGUUGCUAUAAGUUUUGAUUCUGUUCUAAAAUGUUAGUUAGUGUGGCUAUUCACAUAAAAGCCGCUGGACGGUUCUUAUUUGUGGUUCCUUUUUGUUAUGCUGUACAAGGUGGUUCCAACAUUUGAUUAUAGUAAUGAAAUUCUAAAGUGUGACCAUUCAUAUGAAAGCUAUUGAGCAGUUCUUUCUUUCUGUACUAUUGACGAAAUUCAAAAAUAUGACCAUUCAAAUGAAAGCUACUGAACAGUACUUUCUUGUAGUACUUUUUUAUUAUGCGUAACAGGGUAUUUCUAACUUAAGAGCGUGCGGACGAAAUACUUAAGGGUGACCAAUCAAAUGUAAGUUGCUGGGCAAUACUUUCUUGCGGUUCGGUUUUAAGCAUGCAUUUUGACCUACUAUGAAUGUGUGAUUUAUUUAGGUGUGGGACUGUAACUGGUUCUGGGAUACUUUCAUGGGCCAGGCCAAAAUAAGCAUCGACAUCAACAACAAAGCUGUUACAGAAACACACAACCUGAUGGGCCGCAGACGAAACCAUCAAGUCAAGAUGCCAGGGGCCGUGACAGUGGAAAUAAAAUGUUACCACGAUCUUAUGGCAAUCUAAAAAUGGCCCAAGGUCUAAUGGUUAAUUCGCUGGGCACAAGUAACGCUGAGAAUUCCUUGUGUGAAAAGGAAAGUUUAUUUUGAAGCCUGCGUGGAAAGCGAUUGAAAGAGGGGGGGGGGGGGGGGAGAUUAUUUGGGGGGGGGACACCAGAAAGCGCCCCUCCCGGCCGUUUCUUGUUGUUGGCCGCACACCCCCCCCCCCCAAAACCACCCCAGACACUAGGAAAAUAUUAAUAAAACCUCCCCCUUUUCACCAACAUUUUUUUAAUCUCUGUUUUCUUGUCGUUUAACAUUUCGGUCAAGGCAAAGGGCGGUACAGGGGAACAAAAAUGUUACAACGAUCUUAUGUCAAACUAAAAAUGGCACAAGGUUUAAUGGUUAAUGUGCGGGGGACAAGUGAGGCUGUGGGUUCCUUUUGGGAAAAGGAAAGUUGUUUUUGAAGCCUGGGGGGAAAGCGAUUGAAAGGGGGGGGGGGGGGGUGAUAUAUCUGGCGCGGUAGAACUCGAUAAGCCUCCUUCGCAGCCGUUCUUUGUGUUGUCACGCAACGCUCCUCUCCAGAAACGAACCGAAGACCUUGAUAAAUAUUAUGAAGACAUCCUCCUUUUCCAUCACAAUUGCUUGAAUUGCCUGCUUCUGUAAUGUGAAAAUUCGAGUAAGGAGAACGUUAAAUUCUUCUAGCGCGGCCGUUUUGUUUUGCUUUGUUAACCCUACUUGAGAUAUUAAUAAAAGCAAGGCUGUGAUUGGAGGAAUGGGCCCGGCGUGAAUCAUUUCCUAAAUGGAAUCGGAAACCUAAUUGGCUUAAUGUGUGGAAAAGGAUGUGGCUCAGAUCUCAGGAGCCGUUUGUUGUGAGGAGCGGUGCGUGACGUCACAAAUAACGACAGCGCAGGGGAUCAGAACUCGAUAGGCGGGGGGGAGGAAGGCGGGGAACGCCCUCUCGCGCGCGCGCCAACUAUGGUCCUGCUUUCCUUUUCCCUUUUGAUUGCCUGCCACGUGGGCUCUAAGUGUAGUUGUCGCUAAUGCUAAUGUACGCCAUGUUAAUACGAGUUUGAAUAAGUUCGUAAACGCGUUCAUAAACGGACUGUGGAAAAAGCUUUAGGCCAUUUGCCAAUACUGUACCACUUUUCCUCGUGUCAAUAGGCCAUUUGUACGAUGGCGUCAUUUUACUACUACGACCACAAUUCAUUUCCUUUUCUCCUUUCAUAUUUAUAUUUGGUAUUCCCAUGGAGGUUUAAUUAUCAAAAGCCCUAAUUUACACAAGAAAAAGAAAACCUUGAAAGAUUCUGGUCGUAGUAGUAAAAUGCCGCCAUCAUGUAAAAGGCCUAUACGGUACCUCAAGCUUAGAAUAUCUAGCAAUAGUUACUGAAUGAGGCUGAGUAUGGUCUGAAGAAUUAUACAGAUCCAGGAGGCUGUUAUCAGUCCCUCUAAGAUCUGUAUUAUUCUUCAGAUCACACGAAAGCCGAAUUCUAAUAAUUGUAGUAUUAGCCAUUCAAAAUAAUUCGUACAUGCCUACCUCGAUAGUUAUGGGCUCCUGGUUCCCGUCUUUAUUUGCCUGUCCCCUGGGCAAUUCUGGAUAUUUAACAGUUAUUAAAUGAGGCUGAGUAUUAUCCGGAAAAUUAUGGAGAUCGAGGAGAGUGAAAUCCGCUGAGGUCUCCAUAAUUCUUCAACGAAUGCGGUAAUUGUUUUAUUAUUCAUUCAAAAUAAUCCCUAGUUUAAAACAAGCUGAAAUAUGCUUACCUACAUCGAUGUUAAGUUCAUCUUCGAUAGUGCAUUUUUAUCGGCAAGUUUAGAAGAUAAAAGGUUGUUCAGUUCUACAAAUAUUCUACAAAUAGUAGAUGUCGUCCAUCGAGUUGUCUUCUUUCUGUUUUUGCUAUAUUUUUAGCCAAUAGUUCGCCUAUUUCUUCCUCGUGAAACGAGUAAAAUGUUCCGCCAUUUUGUACUCACUAUCAAAACAACUCAACCUCGACCCAGGUUUUUUCGGUUAACUGUUCAAUAAUCUGGCAAUUAUGCUGCACGAUUGACGUCAUUUUUCACAAAUCGCAAAAUUCUUCCAAAUUUGGUCGACAAUAGCUGGUUAUGCUUGGGAUUUUAGCCAAUCAGAAAUGGAGAAAUGUUUUGAAUGAAUGGUAGAACGAAAUGUUUAGUGUAGCGGAUAUUCGUCAAAUAACAGUUGUCACCCGUCAAGUGGUAUUUUUGCUGUUCUUGCUUCAGCUAUGUCGCUAGGCAGAAGUUGGGCUAUUUCUUCUUCGCAAAACUUGUGAGAUUUUCAGCCAUUUUAAACCUUUUCAAGUGAAUACUUCAAGCGUUUGGUGACUCACACUUACAAAGCAAGAUCUACAAGCUUAUUAAGCAACAAUUAUAAUUAUUUACAGUCUUAAAUAAGAGUCGUGUUGGUGACACUAAUUUUGCAAACAUUUUGCAAGAUCCACACUUGCACAAGCUGAAUAACUAGCAGCUAUAAUCAGAAGCACAUAUGGGGUUUUAUGCUUCUGCUAUAAUUUAUUAACAGUGUUAAUUAAGAGUCAUGUUUGUGACAUUAUUUUGGCAAAUAUUUUGCUAAAUAAUAUUGUGAAGGAUCCAGAAUUUCGUAAACUAAGAAAACGGUCACACAAAAAAAUGAAGACUGAGAAGAAAAGAAAAAAAAAAAGAAUUUUAAAAAGGGGUACUGAUAAAUUCCGCGGUUAAAGCCUUGUUUUUAUGAAAUAGAUGGGUUGGGGCUAGGAUUUUAAAUGAAAACAGCGAACCGACUGAAAACGUCCACUGGAGUCUUUAAACUUUGUUUCUGGGUUAAGGGGCUAUGUCUCGAGGAUAUUGCUGCUGCAGGUCAGUUCUUUGCUACAGUCAUUGCUUAGUACCUCAACCCAUACAUAAUAUGUGCCUGUAGAGUUAUGAAGAACACAUAAAAUAAACUUCAUUAUGGAGCUCUAACCAUUAGAAUUUUUGCAGGCAUAGCUUUAAAACUUAAAAAAAGAAGAAGGAAGAGUCAAUCCAUGUCUAUUAUUGCCAUCUGUAGCUGCAGAUGACAGGAAACAAUUUCAAUGUCUAAAUACCGUAAAAUUCCGAAAAUAAGCCCCUCCAAGUAUAAGCCCCCCAGGGGGCUUGUACUUGGAAAUUGUCCUCAAGUACAAAGUAAAACAAAGAAAAACGGUAAAUUUCCUACCAAGAAUAAGGCUAGCUUAAUCGAUUUUUAAACGCAUAUUUCCGUCCGUACAUAAGCCCCUCCAAAAAUAAGCCCCUCAAAAAGGGCCUUUGAAAAAUAUAAGCCCCGGGGCUUAUUUUCGGAAUUUUACGGUAUACUCGUAAUUAACAAAACUGGAAAAUUAUUUUUGCAAUGUAAUUUAUGCGAAGACACGUUUUAACCUUUUGGCUAGUAGUAACCGAAGGUUACGGUUUGCGGGCGACAACGAUCGAAGGUCCAACGAUGUGCUUUGCGUAAGUUUCACGUGACAGAUUGUCAAAACACGAGUGAUAGAAAGUCCAAACACGCGUGAUCAAAUUCCAUUCAUUCUUAGUGGGAGUUAAACGAAUGCUAGCUACAUUCAUACGACGCAUGCGUAAUAACAACGUGGAGAUAAGGAUUGCAGGCUCCUCUUGUCGCCCGCAAAAGGAUAGGAAAUAGCACGACAUAGCUCCAUUAACUAGACUAGGUAUGAAAUAGAUCUUACAUAAGAAGACAAAAUGGCUCACUAAAACUCGUUGACUUUCUCACGAGAGCUAUGUACGUCAUAAACUCAUUGAGACGUUCUAUUACGCAGCAGGAACCAUUGGUAUGAAACAAAGGUAUUCUUUCUAGUUUUAUUAGGAUUUUUGGAUUAUUUUGAUAUUAUGACAUUGGUAUCGCAGAAUGCUGUGCGUAAACACCGCACGCAGAUCUAACAAAUUUUGUAGCAAACCUAGCGAGAUAUAUAUUUGGCUAGUAAAAAGGAACACUUUAACAUGGAUUUUGCUAUAUUGAAACUUUAAAUCCUUAUCGCAGAUCUAAUGAAUUUUGUAGCAAAACUUUAGUGAUAUAUUUGGCUAGUAAAAUUGAGCACUAAACAUGGCGUUUGUGUAUUGAAACUUGAGUCCUUGAGUUCUUACUUCAUUUCUUGCCUGUUUGUUGCCAAUGUUUUGAUUUUUGUUUUUGUUUUUGUUUUUUUUUUGUUUUUUUACAAUGAGGCAGAACUGAAAAAACCAACAUGUGAGCAAAUUGUUAAACCUCCACUUACAUGAAUUAGGGGAAGGUAAGGCUGCCCGGAAUUUUGAUUCCUCACGGAGAAGAAACCGUCAUUAAAAUUCUUCGAUUGCGAGAUUCAAAAAGACGUAAGAAAAUAUCGAUCCAUGUAAAAAGAAAGGUUGUUCCAAGACAGGCUUGAAUUCUGGAUUCAACACUUUGGAUUCCAGAUUAUUUCCAUUGGAACUUGGAUCCCAGAAUUCAAUCGUAAGUGAAAUUUCUUGAGUUGUAUUCCAAAGCCCAGGAUUCCCGGUUUCCACAUUUGUCGGAUUCAGGAUUCUACAAGCAGAAAAUUCAGUUCCCGAAUUCUCUUACCUGGGGCGACAAAAAAUAAAAACAGUCAAACAUCGUAGAUGCACCUUUCCACAUUACCAGUAAGGGGCGGAUCUAGGGGGAGGGUGCAGGGGGUGCGCCCCCCCCCCCCCCUGAGAUGACCUUCGGUUUUCUAAUACAACUGGUAUUCUGCAAAAACUAUGUGGUUUAUUGGUGUUGAAGUAGAGCAAGAGACGAGUGCACCCCCUCCUAAAAAAAUUCUGUAUCCGCCCCUGUACCUAUACUAAGACAGGAUUCUAUUCUUUUUUCUUGACCACAACGCAGCAGUUGUCUGUUUUUUUUUUAUGAAGACUAGUUUAACUGGUUUAAUUCAAGUAACCUGAGAUCAGGCCCAAUUUCAGCGGUUCUGAUACAUUCUCUCUAACGGCCACCGCUAAAAUUGGGGCUCUCUUUUCGUUUCGCCAUGCCCGCCGGAAUGUAAUUUUCAAAGCGAAACGAAAAUAGAGCCUGAUCUCAGGUUAAAUUCAAAUAACCAAUACGUAAAAAGCAAUUAAUCCAUCUGUGGCGAAUUUCACCGGCCUUCUUACUUUAAGGAUAACUCGUUUCAUUACGUCUAACUAACGUUACAGGACGGUAUUUUGGCCACUGUUGAUUUCCCAGUUCUUAAUUUGACUAUCUUCAUCUCAACACAGAAGCUUCACGAACAUGUGAAUCAUGUCUUCCAUAACCCUGAUUUAACAUUGGCGCUUACGAUUUAUUUAAUCAACGUGUCGAUUUGUCUUCACACUGUCCAUUACCUAUACAUGUUCCAAGUAUUCGAACUCGACCCAGUCCUUAACCGCUCUUACCUUUCCAACUGAAUUAUUGAAGGGGUAUGAUUCGUGCAUGAAAUAUGUGGCAUGUUUUGGUUUUAACGUCGUUUGUUCACCGCUGAGGCGUGAAUUGGGGAACUCGUGAAUUGUGCCAUCGGGAAAAGUAAAGCUAUGGGAAAGCUUCAUUAUUUCCUGAAUCAACGUUACAGCAAACUGAAGUCACAUUGCGAAAAAGAAAAAAAGCUGUUCGUGGAUCCAGAAUUCCCGGCGGAGAACAAAUCGCUAUUUUUUAGCCGUUCACCGACCGAAUCAGUAGAGUGGAAAAGGCCUCAGGUAUGUUGAAAGUUUACUGCAACGAUCAUUUCUGAAGGGCUUGUCAAAUGGGGAAUUAUCGUAUAUUAAAAAGUUUUCAGAACUUUUUAAACUUGUUCUUAGAGAAUCUCCUUGUCAACUGAUCGGCAAUUGAAUAUUUUUGUAGACCUGCGUGACUGCAAACAAAGACAAAAUGAAAGGUUUUUCUUGCAAAUGGAAUUAGCAUAUUAGUAGUUUGCUGUUGCUAAGAUAUCAUUAAACUACCUAACGCAAAAAUACUUCGUGAUACUUUAUAGAACUUUGGCGUCAGGUUCAGUCGAUAUUUUCAAUUGGUUUAAUAUAUGGUUCAAAAACGCUUAGAAGUGCUAUCUACCCGUUUCGUUAUAACGAGCAGUAAAGUCUGGUUACCACUUCUUAAGAGAGUAAAUGAUAAAUUAAAUAAACUAGAUAUAACCACACCAAUAACAAACGAUCGACAGGACACGGGUUUUGAAUUUUUUUGACAGUUUAUUUGCAAAGGACUCCUGAUUUUUUUAGAAAUGUAUAUACAUGCACGUGUUAACAGAUGGUUUGUUUAUUAUUUGUGCACUGUUUUGUUUAUAGAAUCAGAGAGAUUGUUUUCAGUUUGAAGCUUUAGAUCACCUACAUGUUUGCGCAUAUGUUUUUUAAUUAAUAAGUUGCCACCAAGUCGUUGCAUGAGAAAACGCGUUACCGUUGUCGAUACUGUUGUCAAAAAAAUAUUUCAUUCCCAGUCAAUUUUAGACUGCCGGGAAUCUUCAGCAAAAAUUGAUGCGAUUAUUAUUAUGUUUAACAAUGAUUAUUAUACAUGUAUUCUACCGGUGCGUGAUGAAUUCAGACUGUCUGUCUGAAUAACGCAAACAACUAAUAUUCUCGGUGAAGCACGGAAAUCUUGUACUGAACUCGCCAGGCAAAUUCCCUGUUAUUUCCCUUCGAUUCCGGCUAUUGACUCUGAGGGGAUGGGGGGGGGGGGUAUGUCCCUCUAAACAAGGAAUGUUUUCUUUCUUUCGACAGGUGUUUUGGCAUCAUUGCAUAAAAAUUAAAUUAAAUUGCUUAACUCAAUUUGGAAUUAACUACUAAAAUGCGGUAGGAUCUAGCUUUUUUGGAUGCUUCCUCGGAUUGUACAGGAUUGGGUAUUUUGGAAACUCCAGUCGAGAAUAUAUCACUAAAUCGUUCAGUGAAACGAAUUGGGGCGAUGAUUCUUUUCUUUUACUUUAAUUUCUGACAAAUCGUCGACUUUAUGAAAAACGCCCCAUUGAGUUGGUUAUGAUUUCGCUCCAUGCAAGGGAAUCCUAGACAGUCUGGGAUUCUGGAUUCCACGUCGUGGACUCCGGAUUCCUUGAGCUGGAUUCCGAAUUCCUUGAGCUGGAUUCCGGAUUCCAUGAGAUGGAUUCCGAAUUCUUUGAGCUAGAUUCCAAAUUCCUUGAGCUGGAUUCCGAAUUCCUUGAGCUGGAUUCCGGAUUCCUUGAGCUGGAUUCCAAAUUCCUUCAGCUGGAUUCCGAAUUCCUUGAGCUGGAUUCCGGAUUCCUUGAGUUGGAUUCCGGAUUCCUUGAGUUUGAUUCCGAAUUCAAAAACCCAGGAUUCCGGAUUCCACGAGCAAACAUUUCCCUGUUUUCGGAAUCCCGAUUCCCUUAAUUGGGGCGAUUUGGUUUGAACUGGCGUUUAUUCAUCUUAAGAAACGGAACAAAAAGGGCAAUUAAAAAAAAAAAAAAAAGAUAUGCAUGAAAUGUUACCAAUAUCUCUUAAACUAUAGAGGAUAAUGAGUUGGAUUUGUACUGUGCAUGACUUAAACCCAUUUUAUGAAAUUCGCGAAUCAAAUCGAACAAUUCAAGUUCUUCAGUUUUAUGUGCACUGUAUUUCGGCAAAGUAUCAUAGCGUCUGGUUACAUACUUAUGAAGGAGAAACUUUUAGGAGUUUUUUUUUAAUUGGCCAUUAGAGAGCCACGUGACUGGUAACCGUAGAAACGCUCAAUCUAACCUAUUCUUGGAAUCAAUUAUUGUUGCUUGUAUUAAUUUCAGUAACAUAUCUUUAAAGGAGGCAAAGAUAUAGCCCCAAAGAAUAAAAAAACAAAUAAUAAAUAAAAUACUUUACCUAUCACGCCCCCACGGAAUCUGUUGGCUGCUCAGUUUGUAUGUCUUUCCACAGGAAAUCUGUGGACCCGAUUCUCCUCGCUUAUUUGUCGACGGAAUGAGCACCCAUGACAUCACGCAAGGCCGGCUAGGUAAUUGUUGGUUUGUUGCGUCGUGUUCAACACUGGCGUUAGAAUCAUCGCUUCUGGAGAAGGUAUGAUGAACAAACCGUUUAUUAUAAUUGGUCAUUCUUUUCUAGCCAAGAACUCAAGAUUUCGCUUGUUUUCAAGUCAAGUGAAAUCUGCAAGGCAACGACUACAACAGUACGGUUCGAUUUAUACCAGCCGCUGUCGAGUAAAUCACAUGCAAAAGGAAUUGAGCCCGCCCUUAUGCUUAUGACCGGACACUGCAGAAGGACGGAAUAGAGUCUUGUACCCAGGCGCAACUUUCGGGUGGAAACAGAACAGAGAACACAGUUGGGCAUCGCUGGGUUCAUUGGAUCCUUCGAUCCCAAGACCCAACGUCGUCUGACGAGAAAAGACUCUGCGACGAGGCAUAUUUAAAAUUCUGAUUGACAUACAUUUUUUCUUUCGUAAUGUGGGAAACGAUUAUUAUAAAACCCUAGUGUCUUUCUUCAUGUAGUAUGAGGCUAAAUCGUCUUUAACUCCUGCCUACUCAAUGUGGUUUUCUUCAACACCGUCUUAUCUCUGUUUAAUAACCGGCCCAUGUAAGCUUUUUUUACCUUCCCGUCAUUCUCACAAUUGCCCCAGACGACAGUCCUAGUGUCAUGCCUCACAAAACCGAGCUUGACUCACCUGUCUUUUUGCUACUUCAAGGUUAUUCCCGAUCUUAAGGAGCAGGAGUGGAAUGCGGAAGAAGUCGGCAAAUACCAAGGAAUAUUUAAGUUCCGGUUCUGGCGGAAGGGUCAGUGGACGGAAGUGGUGGUUGACGACUUUCUUCCGACAAUUAACGGACAGCUGGUUUAUAUUCACUCCAAGCAGAGGAAUGAAUUCUGGGGAUCGUUACUAGAGAAGGCCUAUGCAAAGUACGUUUAAUUGUUUGUUUUUACUGAAUAGUAUUUCUUACAAUUUUAGUUUUAUACUUAAUAUUUCUAUUUAACCUCCAACCUUUUAAAAGACCCCUUCUAAUAGCACCUAGUCUGAGGUCCAGAAAAUAAAUAGGCCCCAGGCCUCUAUUGUAAUCGGCGGCUCAACUUUGAGGGGAACUUAAAUCUAACGAGCAUUAUAUAAGCACUACAACUGUGCGAAACUAUUGAAGAAAUGCCCUUAUUUUGGAAGCUAAUUAAAAUUGCUUCGAUCAUCAUGAGUUUUAGCCUGUUCACAGGCCCUCAAUUUUCUCUUCAAAGUCCGUCGAGCGCGCGUGAUAAAAUAUAAACCGCGGGAGAUUUAUUGACCGCCAGCGCAAGGUUUUCUUUGUCGCACUCCACGCUCGUUCUCGCGCGCUCGCAUCGCUCGCAAGCUCGCCGAUGUUUUUGAACAGAACGAAAAGAAAAAUAAAACAACGUCUGUUUACAGGCUACAUGAGUUUGUUCAAAGGUGUGAUGCAAUUUACUCACUGGAAGAUGUAAAAACUGUAAAAUAAUAAUUGGCGUUACUUUUAUUACACCCAUCAAUAUUUUCAUAAGGAAAUACAUGUAGUCAAAAUUAAAUAGCAGAAAAGAAGAAUUCUAAAAAAAAUCCUAUGAAUUUAACAAACCCGCAGAACACUUUAAAGCAGUUUUUUUAAAAUAAAAAAUAAGUCUUCAGUUUUGAAUCACUAGGAAAUAAGGAAACUCCGGCGAAAAUACGACGUACGUACCGUUUUUUUCUUUGUAUACUAUCGCUUGUCUAAGUCUCUCACGGUGAGGCGUUCUUCUUUGCCUUCGCGCGACACGCCAGCAUUUCGGCGACAUACAAACAAGGCGUGCUGAUUUAUGAAGCCUAGCCUAAUGACAAGACUUUCACUACCCGUGCUAUACCUGGGUGAGCGACAUACGUAAUCUAACUUCUCUGAAUUUCUUAAUUGCACUUUCAGAUUAAACGGAAGCUACGAGGCAUUGGAAGCAGGCAACAUUGCAGAUGCGCUGGUUGAUUUUACGGGAGGAGUGUGCGAGUCUACUAACCUUCAAGAGACGGCCUUUAUCCAAGAUGAGGACAGCAGAUUAGCUUAUUUCAAAUCUAUGCAAAAAGCUAUGGGGCAGAGGUCCUUGAUUGGCGCUUCUAUAUCGGUAUUUUACCUUUUGCAACCCGUAUUACUUACAAUUCCUCCGAUUUAUAACACGGUCGAACCCCCUGUUGAAUGAAUGCCCAAAAUGCCAUCAUUCAUCGGUCGCUUUGGAGAGGCAGUCGAUCACUUAUAGCCUGCGUCAAGGCUCCCAAGUGGAGCAAGGCGAAAAAGAAAGUCGGCGAGCGAAGCAAGCCGAGCGUGGCCUGGGGAAGAAAAAAAGGUGGGGGAACCUGUAGACUUUGCUUUGAUAUCGCCCAUCCUGGUAUCAUGAUCUGAUCGGCUGGUUUCCUAAUCACGCGCGCACUAACGUUGUUAAAGCCGAUGCAUUCAAGCGUAAAAAAAAAACAUAAUUUGACAGGUCUAAUUACCUUGCCCAUUGACAUGUUACUGACGUAUGUGUUACAGGAUAAUUGCAAGUGGAAGGAUGGGUAGCAUCAAAACAAAGUCUACAGGCUCCCCUGCCUUUUUUCAUCCCAAGGCCACACUCGGCUCUCUUCGCUCGCCGAUUUUCUUUUUCAUCCUGCUUCACUUGGGAGCCUGUUCGCAGGCUAAUCACUUCACCCUCAACUACUUUAACUACUUUGUCGAAAAUGCGGUUUAUUUGCAUGUAGUGUCUGAGUUAUCAUAGGAGCAGUGCCACUAAACAUGCCUCGUAUACUGUGAGUGGCGCACAGCGAACUAGACAGAAAUGGAUAUUAGAAAUAAGACGACGCAAUGAAAGAACAAAACCCAGUACUUUUAUCGAUCUUUCUUCGGCUUAACAUUUAUUCAGUUUUUAACCGGUAGGAAACACCUGCUUGGCUCUUACUGUUUUUAUCAGAAAUACUCGGUGUACUACUUAGCAUACCCUUUUGAUUUUCUAGGUGAAGAACAGAGAAGACAUGGAAAGACGCACAGAGACUGGCUUAGUAAUGGGGCAUGCAUAUGGUGUCACUGCGAUAGAGAAGGUACACUUGGGCACUUAAUCCUUCCUCUCCAAAUAGUGGUCAAGUGGACGAAAAAAUCAAAUUUCUUUUCUGCAGAGUCCUAAGCAAUAAAUAGUAAAACCCAAAAUUUCUGCCAAGAAUAUUACAUUUGAAGAGCAAUUUCCUUUAUCUCCAUUACUUCCCCGUGUUAUGUAUACUGUAAACGGCAAUUUAAAGUUGCUACUUAAAGUUAGACAGAAUAGAAUAAAGUAGUCGAAACAACGAUUUAAGUUGACACCUGGGAAGCGAACUCGAGUGCCGCGCACCUGCCGACUAGGUGUGUUAGUGCUUGCUCCUUGAUUCUCCUCACUAGCAUUCAUUGUCUGUUUUGAGCUUAGGUCACUACUGGCGAUGGCUUGUUUAACCUAUUUAACCGGGAACAUUUGUACUUGAUACGGCUGAGAAAUCCCUGGGGACACAAGGAAUGGAAUGGCCCUUGGAGUGAUGGGUAAAUGAGGAGCGUGUUUUACAUGCCAUCAUACAUAAGCAUUAAUAAACACUUAAUGACUGGUCGCGAGGGAAACAGUUGAUUUUUUUUCUCGUGGGAACAUUGAGAUUCGCGGGAAACAACAUUAACUGUUUCCCAAUGGACCAGUCUUUAAGUAAUUUUUUAUAUAGCUGGAAAUUUUGAAGCUGGGAAUUCAUUAAAGCUCGCUGUAAUGACGGUCGUCGCUCAACAUUCGUGGGUAACAGUGCACUGUUACCUCUGACGUUAUAGAUUUACAAUGUUGCCCACUCAGAGAUUUUGGCGGGAAACAGUUUCAUUGUCAGAUGUCAUGUGACCUCGAAGUAACCAACGAGAACCCGCGCUGUUGAGAAAAAAAAUUCCAACAAUUAACAAUUAAAGUUAUUGCACGCUAAAAUAGAGAGUAGAGUUCCCCUUAGCCUCUUUACCCGAGCGAGGCCUGGUGCACCACCAGUCAUAUGAAAUGAGGCAGCUUGAAUUGCGUGUGAAUAAAAACUUAGGAUACGGUUCUUUCGGGCCUCCAAAAAUAGAUGUUUUCCCCUUAAUAGCCCUUAAAAAGAUCAUAAAUCCGAAAAAUCCACACUCCUAGUUGACUGCCGUGAAACCUAAAUCCAGGAUUUUAGGCUUUUUGAAAAUGUUAAAAUGGCUAACCUGUUAUCCCCGCCAUUUUGCCAGCGCAUUAAAAGAAUCCAUUUUGAAAUUUUCUUUUCGCGGAAAAAAGAAAAUCAAUUUUUUUUUUAAAGAAACAUUAGCAAAAGGACGGGCACCUUGGUCUGGUGGAGAGCAGAGUAAAACUGAAAUUCGGAAAUACCCACUUCCAUGAAAAGUGAAUCGAUAGGGCUUGUGCAGUUUAAUUCCGCAGCCUUUGAAAGUUUCUCUUUACAGGAAGUUUAAACAAUGACUCAACAAUUGUUAGGCGAAACUGACAAGUUUUUCUUAUAAAGGUUAUUGAUUUAUUUCUGUUUAUUUUGUUAUAGAUCAGCGGAAUGGAAAAACCUCGACGACGAUCAAAGAGAAAAUCUUGGAAUCAAAGUGGACGAUGACGGAGAGUUUUGGUUAGCUAAUGUCUAAAAAUGACAUUUGUUUUUUUUGCUUCAGUGUACAUUGCAUUUUGAUUUUGUUUGAGAAAGUUUGUGUUACUUAGUUAGAGUCAUGUCUGCCAUCACCCUGGCUUACCAUUUCCAACGACAAUACUUUCAGUAUUUUAAAUCAGUCACUAUAAUAUCAGCCUGUGUAUUGCGCUUCGCUGUGAAAGAAAAUGAGGGAUCUUAAGCAAAGGCGUUUUUGAGCGACGCACGACAACCGCAAGAGAAAUUUUUUGCCAUUUGAAUAUGCCUUUAAACUACCAAAUAAUAAUUUCUUUACUCAUAAAACCACUACCCAAUAAUGUAAAAUAUUCGCUGACUUCUCGCUGAAGUGCGUCGCUUAGAAACGUCUCUGGGAUCAAUGUAGGUUUCUAGGAAGCUGCCCACCUACCCCUUCCCUAAGCUAACAUUAACACUUACUUCUCACUAAGGGCAAAAUGAUGGCUUAGGGACGGGUAGGUGGGCAGUUUCCCAGAACCUAAAUUGAUCCCGUCCUUGCUUAAGCUCCCCGUUGUACUUGCUCUACCAGUCACGGGUUACACUGUGUUGACAGUGUUAUUUAUUUGUUAUCUUUUCCUUCCUUUUUACUUCCAUAAAAGGAUGACCUUUGAAGAUUUUUGUCGUCACUUUACCAAGGCUACGAUGUGCCAUUUGAUGAACACGUCAAGAUUCUCGUUUUCUAAGCGAUGGCAUCUCUUUAAACACAACAACGAGUGGAAGCCUGGAAUAUCGGCAGGCGGAUGCGUUACAAACCAAGAUACUUUUCUUCAGAACCCACAGGUACAAGAAGCUACGACGCUUAACCAUUCCAAUAAAUACUUUCAACGGAUAUCUAUGCGAUCUCAUAAAGGAAUUCCUCAUUUUUCAGCGCAGAAAGGAUUAACGCUUUGCCGUCAAUGUGUCUUAUAAAGGUCCAUUUCCCUAAAUCUUCAUUGUGAUUUUUUUUCUUUGCCGGGCCCGCCUAAUCAUAAAAAAAUAUUUAUUAUAAUCAAAGUGAGCUGCCAGCUCAAUAACCUGCCCCCGGGACUGAUAAGCUCCUGCUUUAAUAAGUCACUUGUUGGGCAUAAGGAAAAUAAAUAAUAAAUAAAUAAAUAAAUAAACAGAAAAAUAAGCUACCGUCCGUAGCCGGCGCCACAGACGAAACUAAACUCUCGUCAAGUCCGUCUUCGAAACAGCGCCGAAAUACUUGUUCUUUGCCCCCAUCCGUGUACCAGGAUUUGAUCUGGCGCCAUGACUGGCCUGUUAAUUAAAAAUCCCAUUGUGGAUUUACCAAUCAAGAUGAAAGAAAAUUCGAAACGUACUAUAGGCAAUUCGUUGAGUCCGUGGGGGGCCCAGGACAAGGGUAUGGGCGCUGCUUCGCAGACGUUACUAACCGAGGUUAAAUUACGUUUGCGACGCAGGCUAACCGUCCGCGGACUUGUAGUCUUUGGAGAGAUUAAGAAUCAGUUUUACAUCAAACGCAAUUGUCAAAUUUGGCCAUGUGACUAAGUAUUUCUUUUACUUGUCGUUUACUGUUCAUUAUAUUUACAUUACAAAUUUCUUUGUACAUCGGGAUAAUCCAUAAGUAUCAUUUUGGACAGUUUUUAUCUAUUCAUUUCCUUGAGUCGCCUUGAGACUAGCGUUUGACGUAAACCUAAUUUCAAAUCUCUCUGUUGUCUCAAUGACAAGUAAAUUCUACAUUUUAAUAACCUUCCUCUUCAAAGCGGACACUUAUUCAAGUCCCAAAGCGUCCGCUUACAGGUGGGUGGGGCGGGGGGGGGGGGGGUGGGGUGUAGGGAUUGCAGUCCUAGGUGUUUUUUUUUCUUUUUGUGAGCUUUUAGUGUUAAAGCCCAAGAGGAUGGGAAAGUCGUGUUUUUUCUUUUGCACGAAGACACCAGGAUCGAGAGGGGUGGGGGGGGAAAGAAUUCAAACAGAGAGUACAUUGUCAUAGAAGAGGACUCAAAAAGAGAUUUUGAAAAAAAGAAAGAGGACGGACGGACGGACGGACGGACGGAUGGAUGUGGUGCACUAGUCAAAACCGCAGGAGCAAUUUGUACACUACGAGUUGAAGAGGAAGAUAGAACAGGUUACGUUUUGAGCGCCAGCCGCUCGUGUGAUGAAGUGCUACAACCUUGGACAAAAAGGAUUAAGACAUUUUGCACUUUCUUACCUACAGAAAGCCUAUCCCGCUGAUUUGGUACCACUAAGGCCCCUCCCUUCGUCCCACCCCGGUCAAUGUUGUUAAGCCGGGGUGAGAAAUGGUCCAGUCGGACUUCAACAUUUCUUCGGGGGGGAGGAGCAUUUUUAGUUGUUUCAAGUGCUUUCAAUAAGCCCUUUGAAGCUAGCCAAUCACGUGGUACAAAGCCACUCACGCUGGAGAGCAAGAGUCGCACUGGGACAAGACAAACAAAAGACAUACAUAAUUUGAAAUGGUAAUUUUCUUUGUUUGUCUUGUCCCAGUGCGACUUUUGCUCUCCAGCACGGCGGUUUGUACCACCUGAAUGGCUAGCUGCAAAGGGCCUAUAGCUUUAUCUUGAAACUAGACAUGGUAACGUCCAUUUUUCAAAACAUUUUGUCCAAGAUUGUAGUGGUCGAAACGUCACCUUCUCUGUCUCCCUACAGCGACCAGUCUGCCUUAUCAACUCAAUUGACUGACGCCAACCUUUUUCUCUCAGCCACAGAUGUAGCACCACAGUUUCUUUGUAAAAUAUUCCCUUCGUUCAAUUUUAUACAUUAGCCAGAUCAGCGUAAAAGAAAAAUCCUUUUUUUUUUAAUUUAAGAAUCUGGAUUGCGAUGGCCCCCAAGAAGUGCACCCUUAAAUCCAUCCAAAACUCCCUUGAAAAAAUCUUGCAGUUUAUCAUAUGACGAUCUUCCCUCAGCGUGCGAAUUCAAACGAGCCAACUUCACUUACAAAGGAACACUGAUUAUUCAUUGAUUGUGAAUCGAAUUAUCUUAUAUACAGUAUACAAUAAUUAUGCAUCAUGAAAGUCAUACCACCCUUAUGAGGGAAAUGAAGUCAAACAUCAACGUUUGCGCUUGAUUUUCCUGGAUAUGAUACUGAAUUUUUUUAUAAAAACUAUUCCUGGCUUACUUUCCUAUUUUUCAUUUAGGUUGAAGAAAAUCGAACUUAUCGUAUACACACGAUGUUUGAAAAGGCUGGUGACUCUAUUUUUAUAAAUAUGCGUGAAGUGGUUAACAGAUAUCAACUGAAGAAAGGGAGAUAUGUAAUUGUACCAUCAACGUACGAUCCAAACGAAGCCGGAAAAUUUAUGAUAAGAAUAUACACUGAGGAGUCUUCUGAUGCCAUGUAAGUAAUAUAAACAUAUUAUACAGAUAUGAAAUAUUGAAGAUAUAAUGAACGUACAACAGUGUACUGGUGGUUACAAGAAAUUCUCAUCACAAACAGAGCACUUGAAAAGAAAACUUCUGUUCCUCUUCUACUCUCGCAGUGGGCGUUUCUCGAAUUCAAACGGUCGCAAUAAAUGAUUAAACCCAGAAGGCUAUUUUAUGAGGGUAAAGUUUACGUGGAAAUGUCAAUUUUGUUUUUCACUCCCGUUAUCACACAUGCACACAAUUUCAGAUGGCCUUCUUUCUAAAACUUGAAUUCUUUGCUUUUAUUUAUCGUUAUCUUAAUCCUGAUCUUGCUUUAUCCUGUUUUAAUCUUUAUCUUCGUCUUUAUCCUCAACUCAUCUUCAUCUUUAUCAUACUCAUUAUCGUUGUCGCCAUCGUUAUCGUUACCGUUAUCGCUAUCAUUCUCGUUAUCGUUAUCGUUACCGUUUUAGUUAUCGUCUUUUUUAUCGUUACCGUUAUCGUUAUCAUUCUCGUUAUCGUUGUUGUUAUCGUUGUCGCCAUCGUUAUCGUGACCGUUGCCAUUUUCGUUAUCGUCUUCUUUAUCGUUACCGUUAUCUUUAUCAUUCUCGUUAUCGUUGUCGCCUUCGUUAUCGUUACCGUUUUCGUUAUCGUUACCGUUAUCGUUAUCGUUGUCGCCAUCGUUAUCGUUACCGUUACCAUUUUCUUUACCGUCUUCUUUAUCGUUACCGUUAUCGUUAUCAUUAUCGUUUAUCUUUAUCGUUAUCAUUAACAUUAUUUAACAAUUACUCCUCGAGCCUUCGGCCUCGUGGGCUAUUGCUUUUUUGAUUCAGAGGCCAGGGGGGCGAGAGGAAUAACUGUUUUAGUAAAAUCCAACUAGUUGGUCAAAAACAUCGAGACAAAACAACUUUAGCUAGCAAAACGCGAUUCAACUGACAUUGCUUUUUGGUUUUCAAAGCAAGCGCUUUUCGCUACUAGUGGGCUAUAACAUAUAGCCUAGUUGUAGCUCAACCAAUCAGAAUGCAGCAUUGUUAAUAGACUACUAGUUGGAUUUUACUAAUAUUUUAUAUUAGAAGGUAUUAGGAACUCUAAAAAGAAUUUUGACCGCACACCGGCUUAUCAGUGGUUCGAACGGGUACGACAAUGCUCGUUUGAUAUCAGGACUUUCGAGAAACUGGCCCCUGCCCUGAUCUAGCAUUUCUGUCAAAAUCAAAAUAGAUUUUCAUUACUCAAAGGUCGUUGAUUUUAUCCUCUCUUAUUCUCUAAAACUCUUAUAUUUGUUGAAAAUUAAACCCAGGCUUCUGGAGAAGGAUCAUCCAACAGCAAGCAAGAUCUGUUGCUGCAUCCCUCGAAUGCGUUCGCCCGUGUGUGUAUUGUCAGUACUGGUCAAGUCUGCUAAUGGUAUCAAGAAGAGAUCCCCGAUAUUAAGUAAGAAUAUACAACGUUUUAAUAACCUUUUUGAGACGUUACACAUCCCUCAGUAAAACCAUCUCACAAACAUUUAACAUACCCAAUUUUGAUGGAAUUUGGAAUGCACUGCAAAAGUAUUCACAGGAUGAGCGAACGCUCAGUUAAAUUCCCACGUGUUUUGUCACCGCCUUUGAUUCCGAAAGCAGAGAACAGGAAGCUUGAGCAGACUGAAAGCGCGGGAAUGAAGCUAGACAACGGCUAUACUAAAUAUCUGUUUUUUUUAACUGGAAAGGAAAACCCCAACAACACAAUCGGCGACAAAAUCGUUGAGACACCGUCCUCUAAUGCAGUAGAUUCGGAGAACAAAACAUCCACACCCCUCCCUCCCCUCCAUUAAAAUUUAGGGUGUUUGUUGCUUCCUACAGGCAGCUCGAACAGCGGCACAGCAUUGCAUGGAGGGGCUUGGAGAGGGUAAGCUCCAUUUUUCCCUUUUGAAGUCAGCAAAACGUUAGCCAGGCCCAAUUAGAGAAAUGUGUCUCAACUUAUUUUUUGCCAUCGACAGCUCCAAGUGUUUACAUAUUAUAACACAGAAACUGUGUCUAUCCGAAAUAUUUCAGUUCAUUCUUGUUAUUUGGUUAAAGGUCUUGAUCCUUAUGCUCUGGUCACAUGUGAAGGAAAAACAGUUAGAACACCAACACUCAGCGACACUGCUAAUCCUGAAUGGAACUCUGGUGCCUUAUUUUUUGUCAGAAGGCCAAAGAAAACGCACCUUGUGAUACAGGUACUACUGACCUAAUAAAUGGUGCCUUCUAUACUAUUUUCCAAGAUACUGUCGUUGUUUUUACCAAUAGUAGGAGAAGAGACUUUUGAAUCCUAAGACAAGGACGACUUUUUUCUUAAUACUAAGUAGAGCGCACACGUAAACUAGCGUCUUUGUUUGCGGAAAAUGCGAUAGCCAUCAUCAUUCUAUAACGGGUUUUUACGAAAACGUCCUGUAACAGAAACAAGUUAUCAACGGUUAGAAUUAGAAGUCUUCAAAGAAUUCCACCUAGUUAAUGAGCUAUAGUCAGUAGAUUUAAGAAGUAUUUAUUAGAACCUAAAAAUGUUAAAACACUUUCGAUCAUCGAACUACAUCUGUGAUGCCAAAACAAAUAGAAAAUAUCGUUAACAGUUAUUUAUUUCUCGAUUUAUUUAUUUAUUUAUUUAUUUUUUUUAUGUAACUCCUAGAAGGAAACAAAUUCAUUAAGUCAUUUGAAAUGGCCGUUUACUUUUCAGAUCUGGGAUAGCAAUGUGUUUUGCGAUUCCUUCCUGGGUCAGGCAAAAAUGACAGUUGAUGUCAACAACAGGACUGUGGUACUGUCGCAUCAACUGAUGGGCAGAAGACGGAAGGAAAACGAAAAAAUGCCUGGUGAUGUAACCUUGGAAAUUGCAUGCUAUGAGGACCUCUUAGCUGUGUAG